AAUGAUGAUGAUGAUGAUGAUAAUAAUGAUAAUAAUGAUAAUAAUGAUAAUAAUGAUAAUAAUGAUAAUAAUGAUAAUAAUGAUAAUAAUGAUAAUAAUGAUAAUAAUGAUAAUAAUGAUAAUAAUGAUAAUAAUGAUAAUAAUGAUAAUAAUGAUAAUAAUGAUAAUAAUGAUAAUAAUGAUAAUAAUGAUAAUAAUGAUAAUGAUGAUAAUAAUGAUAAUAAUAAUGUUGGUAAUGAUAAUAAUUGUUAUAAUCAAAGCGCUCAUAAAAGUGUCAAUAAUAAAGGGUAAAUUUUUUUUGGAUCCAGGAAGGUACAUUGUAAUUCUGGUCGCGAAUUAGCAUUGAUUGACUGAAAAGUACAGAAACGAAAAUAGAACUAACUUUAAUUUUCAAACAGUUUCAAUUCUGCUUCCUUAAUCCUAAUUAAAACGACGCAUUUAAAUUAAGAAUUUCGAUUUCGAAAUUUGAGAUUAUAGUAUUUAUGUAAUUGUUUCAUUUAAAUAGGAUAUCAUUUUAUAUUUUUAUGUUUAGAUUUUGUGUACUGAAUAACAGUAUGUUUUGCAGUGGACACGGGGGUACUUCAUUACGAUAACCACUUUUUUGUUAUAAGAACCUUUUUUUAUAAGAGCGUACAGACUGAAAUAAACCAAUUUUUUGAGAACAUACUGAGAACAUACCUAGGCUGAGAGUCAGUCGAGAACGUCCUUAUUUUUCUCAAUUUUAUUUUUUGAGAAGUAUAAUUAAAGGUAAAACAAAUGUAAAGUUUGAUUUUAAGACGCUGCGGGAAGGUCUAGGAGUGAGGCGCUCCCCGCGGCGCGCUAACCUGUUAAUUAUUUUCUCACUUUUUUUUCCUUUUUUUUUUUUUUACUUCCUCGACGGACUUCGCUGAAAAGGAGGGACUGAUCGUAGUCUACUGGCACGAUUCACUAAAUGACAUGUCAGUUUGAAGUCGAACUUAGUCUGGUGGCGUCCAAAUUGAUUUCUUGAAAUACUAUACCACACAGCUUUAAGAACGUGUUAAGAACGUUUUCAGGCUCAAAUCUGAAAAAAAGAUUGAGAUCGUUCGGCCUCAGCCCCCUAUAAUAAGGAGAUUUAUGAAAAAAAAUGUGCAGUCCGUAGGGAGACAGGAAGCAGUCUAUGCCAAAGAGAUUUGUAUAAGUAGUGCCUCUGACAAGUUUUGCUCCUACGAUCACCUGAAAUGCUCCUUAAGAUUUUGCACUUCAGUUGUAAAAAUACUCAGCGAUACCACACUUAAAAGGAUAAAAUUGACAUGAUUGCGAUCGUCACAUGUUAUUUCUACCUCUGGUCCAUGGAUUGAAAAACAAUACUGUGUCCUCGGAAUGCGCGCGCGCUCAUUUCUCUGAUUACGUGAUUUUUAUGUGCAAUACAGGAUGCGUGGUGCAAAACUGAGGUAUCACCCUAAGAUAAUGAUAAUAAAAAUGAUAAUAAUAACAAUAAUAAUAAUGCUGGUAAUGAUAAUAAUUUCUAUGAUCAUAGACAAUUAUAA